AUGGAUUCCACCAAAGAUCCCGGUGGCCCGAGUGCUGGCGACGCAGGAAAGCGCAAAGGAGAUGUGGAUGAGGCUGAUACAUCUAACAAAAGACCCAAGAAAACCGGCAAAUCCACUCCUCGGAAGCCUUCCUACCGCAAGACCAAAGAGAUUCAGGGUGGGCCAAUCGAUACCUCCAACAAAAGCGCGGCCAUCAUCAACCUGAACGGAGUCGAAGCCGCUGUUGCUGGAUAUAUCGGAUUCCAGAGUGCCAGCCAACUGCGGUAUCUCGUGUGCACAUGGCCGGUACUUCAGAUAUGGUCGAUCUGGCACAAGGAAAUUGGCAUAGGUUACAAGAAAGACCAAUUCAUUCUGAUCGACCGCCACCUUGAUGAACUAAAGGCAUCCUUCGACCCACACAAAACUUGGCCCUGCAAUGGGGAUGAUGACCGUCAACGCAAGGCUUCGAACCUUAAAAUGCGUAUGGCGUGGUGCCUAGUGCAGCUGAAACUCUGCCUCGACGACUAUGCCAGCUUCUCUAAGGAAACAAACCAAUACAUGAGCUCUCUGCAGUGGAAUGAGAUUGAAGCAGAGACUGACAUCAAGUUCCCUACAGAUGAGCCCCUAACAUACCCUGUUCCUGUGAUGGGCCCUUUGCAGGGCGAAGGGCCUAUGGAGCCAUUUGGCCGAGCCUGGGAAAUACUGAAGUACUUCAAUUCAGUCCAAGGCUCGAUAUGGAGCACCCGCUUUACAACAGUGGCGACUAUGCGCAAAGCACCGAUCGUGGACGACAGCAAUCUUCCAGUAUGGAUGCAGCAGACAGAGAGAAUUGACCAUAACACAAUGGACACCCCCGCACAAGAACCGGAGUUCUCUCACGAAAUCAAAGUCAAGCUUGUCUGGGAUGCCUCGGUUCCGUUCAAAGGGCAACAGGCUUUGAAAAAUGCUCUAGAGAAGGCCGAGGAAGAAGAGAUCUGGAUACCAGCAUAUUCUUCUAUCAUGAGCCAUGAUCCAAGAAUAUGCACUUCUGCUGAUCUACGCAAAGUGGACGUCACGUACACCACAGCAGGUUCUGAGAAGGGUCGAGUGUUCCAUAUGGACCCAUGGAAGACCAAAUGGGAUGAGAUGAAAGCUGAAUUCAAUGACCCGGACAACACAAACUUCAUCGUGGAUGUGAGACUGCGUGCACGAAGUGAAGAUCAGAUAGACGAUUCUAUCCUGGAGUCUGACGAUUUGCUUCCAGGACUGCUCCCGCCCAUUUUGACACCUAGUAUUCCUGGUACCCCCGAACCUUCCUCGGCAAGACCAGCUACCAAGCACAGCAACGAAGAGAGUGAAAAAGAAGAUGCGGGCCUUGAAGCAUCUUUGCUUUUCAUGAAGAAGACUUCCAAAGACUCCAAAGUGCAGGCUAGACCCAAGACCUUCCCUACGAAAGCUGAGCAGGUGGCUUAUUAUGGUGGCUACGACGUGGAGACUGAGUACGGCCGAAGAAAAUGGCAGAUCACGACCAUCGAAAGCAUGCUGUCAGUCAUCCGACCUGUAAGUCGAAAGGACGGUGUGGAUGAGGCGCAAUUCAUCUCACCGGAGGCUGCCAAGAACCUCCACCAAGCCCACCAAGCCGCUCAUCACACCGCUGAGAGCCAGCUCGAAUCUUCAUCGGUCACAAAAGAACACCUCAUCUUACAGAAUGCAUUCGGUGGAACGCCGGCACGAUCAGGGCCCCCUGUUGAAAUCUGCCUUGACCUGUUGCUUUGUGAGCACGUGUCUGGAACCAACCGAUACAGAUCCAAGGUUCUAGGGACUUCUACAAAGUGCGACUUCUUUGCUUAUCAGAUCAACGGUGCAGUUGGCCUUUUGAUAAAGUUACUCGGCAACAUCGAUCCUGUUGUGCUCUUGAAGUGGGCCAGGAUCUCCAGGAAGGAUUCAGAGGACAAACGGGUCAUCCAGGCGGCUGGCAGAUUGAAGCAUUUGAGGUUGCAUGCCGCAAUUUGCGCGGAUCUGACCGGCUUCGGAAAGACGAAGCUUAUUCUACUUGCCACCAUUCUUUACAGUGUUCUCGCGAGAACGAACAAGCCUACUCUGUUGCUAGUGCCAUCCACUCUUAUUUCGCAGUGGGUAUCCGAGAUUGAAACGAAUUGGCCAUAUCUUCGCCCGAUCAUGUCAUAUGGCGAAGCUGACCAGGGAUCCAUUCUUGGUCGUGACUACAUCAAAUCCAGAGCUAUGCAAUCCAAAGACUGGCCUGCCCCUCUCGCCGGGACCAUGAAUGGAACGGAUGAAAAAGCCAGAUCAGCAGUUAUCAUCACCUCGUAUAACACCCAUCUUAACCGGACUGCGUGGUUCUUGGCUGAUGGCAGCCCAGAUUGGAAAGUACGACCUCGAGUUGAGACUGUCUGGAAGACUGAUCAUCAAGAUGUGUUCGGCCUACUUCUAGCAGAUGAGGCGCAGAAAGCCAAGAACACAAGGAGUGCGAUCUGGACUGUCUUGAACAAACAGAAGUUCCCCGAAAUCCUAUUUGCAACGGCAACUCCGAUGUACAACUCGGUCAUGGACUUAGUGGGGCUGCUCCAGCUGCUAGGGGCCAGAGGCCGCGAGGAUCUCAACCAGUUAACAGAAAGCUCGAAAGCAGAAGCUGAGAUCAAGAAGUCGCUUGCAUCAUUGGCACCACGUCAACUGGUUUCUGCGCUGAAGGAAAUGCCUCAGGACUCACCCCAUAUUCUUAUGCUCCUGGAGUCGACUACUAUGACCGAUAUCCUGAAGGACAAAGGCGAGCUGCACGUUCAAAUCUCAUCAUACUUCAGCGCGGUACUGAAUUUGAUCGCCAUCCAACGAGAUACUGCUUCAGUGCUCGAGAUGUCCAAUGGGGAAAAAUCGCUGCCACUGGAAUCGCUGUUCAAAAAGCUUUACCAACGAACGUCCUUUUCCCAGCGUGCUGGUGUGGAGCACAUCGAAUAUCAGUUGAAACAUUUAGAUGCAGCAAAAGAAUUUGUCCAGGUCACAAACAUUGAAUCCGUGGACUCAAAAACAAAGGUAAUUGCCGGCGCAAAGGCAUUGCGCGAAAUGGCCUUGAGCAAUUGCUCCACCAUGUUGGCUAGACUGGACAAAGAACUGCAAUCUGUCAACCAAAAUACCUUUGUCAGCACUCUAGAAAGUUGGAGAGCCCGGGGUGCGACAGGGGACUUCAUUCAUCGCACCACUCGGAAAGAGGGUGAGUUGUUCUGUCCAGCGGAAACCGGAGAGGAGCUCUUGGAAUACCUUGGAUACGGAUCCCCGUGUCUACGGGUGGUGCUGGAUGAAAUCCUGGGACGCAAAGUUGUGCAUCCGCUCAACCCCGACAAGUAUAACCACCACCAGAAACUAAUCUUGGUCGACUUACAACCUGCCAAUGCUUGGUUCAUUGAAGUUGUUCUACGAAGCCUUUUGGUUGGUGUUCGAGGUUUUCAUUCCCAUCUGUCUGCAGUGGAGCGGGAUAAGCUGAUCGCAAUGUUCAACGACCCCAAAUCCGAUUUGCGUGUAUUGGUGAUGACUUAUGAUGUCGGUACGGUGGGCUUGAAUCUACAUGUGGCCUGUGACCGUGUGAUCCUCUUGAGUCCGGGAAGGAGCUGGGGACAAGAAUCCCAAGCAAUUGGCCGAUGCCUCCGGGUAACUUCACUCUACCCUGUCACAGCCGUUCGAUGCUUUGUUCCAAACUCCCAUGAUCGAUAUAGGUUCGUGAAACAGGCAGCCAAGGCUAGCCUGCAACUGGCUGUCAAUUCAAGCGAACCAUCUCUUCAAGGAAUUAUCAUCAAGUUGUUGAACAACAUCCAAAUUCAAGUGAAUGCUUGCUACGCAAGCGAAUAUGGACGGAGUCUUAUCAAAGAGAAGGCAAAAGUCGACGAAAUCCGAAAGGCCGCACUCAACGAGUACCUCGUUCAACAGCCCGCCGAGUGGGCCAAGGCUGCAAAGACCAAGCUUGACUCGGACGAUGGAGGCGCCACUGGGCCAGAAAUUGAGCUUCCCAAGGGAGUUCGUCGAACGGUAUUGAAAAUAAUCAAGUACCAGGAGAGCUCGCGAUCCAAAGAGGAUGAUCUGGAUUCAACGUAUAUUCCGAAUACGGCAUCAGAGGAAGGAGACACAGACUCUGGGCCUGAUGAUGAUGAAGAACUCGGAGACUCCGAUGAUGACCUAUUCGACACAAUUGACUUGGGUCGCUCCUUAGAGAAGAUUCUCACCCUAAAUUUCAACACAAGGGAAUCAUGGAAAGAGUUUGCGGACCGUCAUCAGCCGGACGACAAUGUCCGAUACCUUAUGGCAUUGCUUGACUUUCCUGACCAGAAGUCGUGGUCUGUCGAGGACUUAGAGGACUCCGGCUAUCUUCGUUUAGGUCUUCUGCUUCUUUACAACCAUAUCCGCGGCAUUCCAACAAUACAUGUGGGCAGUUCUAUCCACAUCCAGUACCCAAACAUCCCGGAGGAAGUUGUGGGUGCCAACAAGACGAUGGAGACACUCAAGGGGCCGAAGAGAAAGCAAAUGAAGGAGUUCCUGCAACUAACCCAGGGCGACCGGGAGUAG